CAACAAGCAUAACUCAUCACUUCAAUCAAUAAGUUUAAAAUGUCCUCAACUACCACAACCACAACAACCUCCUCCACCCCACCCAAACCCCAACCCCAAGAACAAGAACAAAUCUACACCCCCUGGCGCCUCUUCAUCUACGACAUCUGGGUUCUCGGAAUCGUGAGCACCCUCGCCUGGGGUUGCCGAAUCAGCACCUACCUAAUCCCCUUAUUCCGAUCCAACGUGGGCAAAAACCACCUGGACAUCGGCGCCGGCACCGGCUACUAUCUCAACCAAGCGCAGAUCCCAUCCAGCACGACCCUCACAAUCGUGGACAAUGAAACACACGCACUCAACGUCGCCCUCGCGCGCUGCAAACACCCCUCCACCCAAACGCACGGCAUAGUCACCGACAUCCUGCAACCCUCCCCCUUCCCAGAAUCCUACUCCACCAACGAAAAACAAAAGUUCGACUCCGUCUCAAUGUACUACCUCCUGCACUGCCUGCCCGUCCCCAUGGCCAGCAAAUGCAAGAUCUUCACGCACAUCAAGAAAUACAUGACGGAGGACGGGGUGGUCCAUGGUGCGAAUGUCCUGGGUAAGGGGGUCAGGAAGGAUAAUUGGUUUGCGGCGAUUAUUCGACGUGGGUGUUUGAAUCAUGGGGUGUUUCAUAAUGAGGAGGAUAAUGCGUUUGAGUUUGAGAAGGCCCUCAGGGAGAAUUUUUGGGAGGUGCAGACUUGGGUUGUUGGGAGUGUUUUUGUUUUUAGGGCUAAGAGGCCAAUUUUUGAUGCUUAGUGGGGUUUGAGUACUG